GCCAAGCAGCAUCAGAGGAGAAGGGUCUAGGCCCGAAACGUCAGCCUUCCUGCUCCUCUGAUGCUGCUUGGCCUGCUGUGUUCAUCCAGCUCCACACCUUGUUCUCUCUGGUUUUUGACCAAACCUGACUGAGCAUCAUUCGAAAGCUAGGGUGCGGUAGGAUCCAGUAAUACGGGGGCGGGGACAAGCAGCGCAACCGGACUGACGGCUUUUCACCCAAAUCUGGCUGCAGAAAGCGAGAGGCUGUGCCAUUCAUACUUUUAGCUGGAUCUCAAUCGUUCUUCCUUACACUCGUUUGAAUCUGUGCCUUCGCCAUGUUUAACAUUGCGAAGUUUUUGGGCGGUGGCGGUGGCGGCGGCGGACUUUCGGGCCAACUACUACAGGGACUGGCCGGUGUCAUUGGACAAAUGGUAGCUGGCCCAGCCGAACAGCCCCGCCAUGUUUCUCAGAUUGAGGCCUACGAGACUGAGGAGGAACGAAGGUUCAGAGCGAUCUUCAAACAAUUGGCUGGAGAUGACAUGGAAGUGAGUCCUGUUGAGCUGAAGAACAUACUCAACAAGAUUGUAUGCAGACAUCCCGAUCUGAAGACUGAUGGUUUCAGCUUGGAGUCUUGCCGCAGUAUGGUUGCUGUUAUGGAUGCUGACAGCACUGGAAGACUGGGCUUUGAAGAAUUUAAAUAUCUUUGGGAUAAGAUUAAGAAGUGGCAGGCUGUCUACAAAAGAUUCGAUGCCGACAAGUCAGGGACCAUCAACAGCCAGGAGCUUCCUCUGGCUUUUGAAGCAGCAGGAUAUCCCCUGAAUGAUGAACUUUACCGAUUGCUGUAUCGCCGAUAUGCCAAUGAAUCUGGCGACAUGGACUUUGACAACUACAUUUCCUGCUUAGUCCGGUUGGAUGCCAUGCUCAGAUCAUUCAAAGCUUUGGAUAAAGACAACAAUGGCUCCAUCAAAGUCAACAUUGUGGAGUGGCUACAACUCACCAUGUAUUCCUAAAGCACCAGCCUCUGGAUCAGCUCAUCAAAGAAAACUGAAGAUCUCCUCAUCACUACUUAUCUACCAGAGCAAUAGCCCUUAGCUUGGCUGAGCGGGAGCAGGAGAGGGGUGGGGGUGGGGGAGGGUGUGAAAAUAUAUUUUUCUGCAUAUAGGCUUUUUAUUGUUCCUGAGAUCUCUGCAAACACAGCUUGUUGGAAGCAGUGUAUUUAAUCUUGACUGUUCUAAAAUUCUACACUGUUUCUUCUGAAUAAUUGAGAUAAUCUUUUCCUUGAUUUUGGCAAUGUUUGAAAGAAAGGUCCUCCUGAGAAAGAGCUUUGGAAAUGGGAGAUUAAAUGAAUGGGGAAUGCUGGUCAGGUCAAUAUCAGUGACCAUUGACCCCUCUGUUCCUUCCACAGAGGCUUGUUGAUCUAUCUUUUUCUGUCUCGUGAAUUUCCUACCUGUGAUUUCCAGCAACUGCAGUUUUUCUUUUUUGUUUGAAUCUGUUGCCCUCCAAUAUUUCUCUGUGCUUGUGCCUAAAAGACUCUGCCAUUGAGAAAUGCAAUUUUUAAAACCAUGUUAAAGGUCACGGACCCAUAUGAAACUGUAGUUUUAAGAUUUAUUCACAUUCUUGAGUACUUGUUCUCCUUGUUUUUUGUGGAGAAGCCAAACUUGAAACAUCCGUUGUUGAAUCUGGGGUGUGGGUGUGGGUGGGGGGGAGGGUUGGUGGUGGUGGAGAAUGUUGUGUGCCAAGGAGCAUUUAAUGAAGAGCACAAAUUUUUGAAACCAGUUUUGUCUGCCAGUAACUGGAGCUUUGGAAAGGUCAAGCUGCCUUUUUUUUUGCAAUGUUGUGCUUUGUACUUUGCGGGGUAUUAUACAGAUGCUUUUAAGUGCUGUUGUGUAUAGGAACUUGAUCUAUUGAAUGCUGUCACCUGUCUGAUGAAUGCUCUUUUGAUCUUGCUGCUUUAUGUCCAAUGUACAAACAACUUUAUUUAUAAUGCCUUGUGGCCAAUGCCCAUAUCUCACCCUGAGGAUUCACUGCAGCCUCUCCCUUCGCUCAGAACAAAAGUACCUGCAAGCGAUGGUGUUGCAGAAGGUGCUUGUGCCAAUGGUCCAAAAAUCGGAAUUUUGGAAAUGCAUUUCUUUCAUAGUGAAGAGGUGCCUGAGCCAGGGUAGGCUUCAUAACCCUUCAAAUGAACAGGGACCCAUUCACUGAUCAUUACUCAUUUUGAACCAGAAAGCCAAUGGCUUGUCAAAUCUGUGGUGGCUUGCUCUUGAGCAAUAUAGUCAGUCUGGUCAGUUUCUUUCACUUUGUAUAGCUGAGAUACAACUGUCCAGUAUUGAUGAGAUCAUGGUUUUCUGUUAAUCUCUCCCAAAUGAUAAGUUUUUUUUUAAUUUCCCUGUGUGAAAAUCUAUAUUCUGCCUCCUCUUAACAUUCUCAAGUCCCAAAUUUGCCUGGAAGUAAUAAGCCAAUUCUUUGUCUUGCCUUUUUUGAGGUUGUUCAACAUAUUAAGCUAUUUGGCACAUGUUUAAAUACAGAAAUGGGCUGUGCUUUUUCUCACUAACAUUUGUGACUAGUUAACUGUGUGGAAUAGUCGUUUAGUUACCUGGACCUGGAACAUUACCAAAGUGCAGGACUCUCAGAUUGGGAAGGCUGAGAAGUGCUGGAGCUCAGCCCAUUAAAGAUGAAUCAAAUCUGCAAUUUUUUUGAAGUGGGAACAUCAAGCCCCAGUUCCUGUCUUGCCAAAAUCUCAUAAUAUGACAGAACCUCAGUUCUUUCAACGCUGACGUCUUGUGGGGUAUUGCAUGUCCAUUGGAUCUACCACAGUGUAACAGACAGCAGAGAGACAGGUGGGGUGAAUAAAUGGUUUUGAAUUUGCUAACCUGCUCUUUGUGAUGUUAACCUGCUCCUAUUUUUCUCUCACUUCUGCGGCCAGAAUCUGAGGUUUUUAAUAAAAGGAAAUCUAUUGACCUUCUUAAAAAA